AGGGCAGAUAAAAAUAAACGAACUCAAACAUGAAGAGUUGAAAAGCUUGAAAGUGAACUAUAGAAAGAAGCGUCUGAAGCUGAUGGCGAAAGAGGGAAACAACAUUGAUGAAGUGAAUGACACAUUGGAUAAUAUGGAAGAAGCAGCAGAAGCAGAAGAAGCUGGAGAAUUAGAAGAAGGAGAAGAGGAAGAUGACGUGGAAGAAGAAGAAGAAGAAGAAGAAGAAGAAGAAGAGGAGGAAGGAGAGUAUACUUUCAGGUUCAAGAAUGGAAUGAGCCCUUUGGACUUUGUCGAUAAUAAUGAUUCUGGCGUUCAAAGCUACCGGCAAUUCGAACGCCUUGAACACGAAGCCCUCGCCGAUAAAAAGCGAAAGGCGAAUGAACAAUGCGACAGUGAAGGACCCUCUUCUAAGAAGGCAAGGGAAGAUGAUAUUUCUGGGGCAACCAUAGCUGAGAUAAUGGAAGCAAUGAAUUAUGGUGGGCGCAAGAGAUCACGAAAGCCUAAAAAAAGAGGUAGGCGGAAAGGAUCAAAGAAUAAACUCGACCCUAAGCUAACACGAAUGCUGGGUGAUGCCACACUUCACUAUGCAUGUGGCCAUUAUGACAAGGCUAUAGCUGUGUUGCAUGAAGUUGUUAGGCUGGCACCAAAUUUGCCUGAUUCGUAUCACACCCUUGGACUUGUCUAUAGUUCACUUGAGGAUUAUAAAAGAGCUAUGGAUUUUUACAUGAUUGCUGCUCAUUUGACUCCAAAAGAUUCAUCUCUUUGGAAAUUGCUAUUUACCUGGUCCAUAGAACAAGGUGAUAUUGGUCAAGCCAGUUAUUGUCUUUCAAAAGCAAUAACAGCAGACCCCAAAGAUAUUACUCUUAGAAAUCAUCGUGCGAUGCUCUAUGUUGAACUUGGAGAUUAUCAAAAAGCUGCUGCGGCAUAUGAGCAAGUACAUCAACUCUGUCCUAAGAAUGUUGAUGCAAUGAAAGCAGCAGCUAAGUUCUACAAAAAAUGUGGACAAGUUGAAUGCUCUGUUCGUAUUCUUGAAGACUACCUUAAGAGUCAAACUGAUGGAGCAAAUGAGCGUGUAGUUGAUCUGCUGGGUGCCAUAUUGAUGGAAACUAAGGCGCAUGACAAAGCUCUUCAGUAUAUUGAACAUGCUCAAGUGGUAAAUGCAGGGAAAGAAUUGCCUUUGUAUUUGAAAAUUAAAGCUGGAAUCUGCCAUGUUCAUCUUGGAAACAUGGAGAUGGCUCAGGUUCAGUUUAAUGAUUUGAAGCCAGAGAAUGCAAAUGAGCAUGUGGCCUUGGUUACUGAGGUUGCAGACGCAUUAAUGGGUCUUGAGCAUUAUAAUUUUGCAUUGAAUUAUUAUCUGAUGUUGGAAGGAAAUAGUGGAAAUGAAAAUGGUCUUCUAUAUCUGAAAAUUGCUAGAUGUUAUCAGUCCUUGAAAGAAAGGUCACAGGCAAUUCUCUUUUUUUCCAAAGUCCUAGAAACUCUAGAAGAUGAUGUUGAUGCACGCAUAACUUUGGCUUCCCUUCUACUUGAAGAAGGAAAAGAAGAUGAAGCCAUUUCCUUGCUGUCUCCUCCAAAGGACUCCGACUCUGGAGAAGCUCAUUCUGGAAAGUCACAUAGAUGGUGGGUUGAUGCAAGAAUAAAACUGAAUCUCUGCAGCAUAUAUCGGAAUAGAGGGAUGCUUGAUGAUUUUGUGGAUGCAAUUUUCCCUUUGAUACGUGAAUCACUGUAUGUUGCAACUCUUCGACAGAAGGGUAAAUCAAAAAAGCGCCUCUCCAAAAGAGAUCUGGUUGAAAGGGUUAGGGUACUAGAUGGUCCAGAAAAGGAUAAUGUAUUUAGAGGCUUCAGGCCAGUAGCUACACCGUCUGAUCUGUUGAAAGCUUCCCGGGCAAAAAAGCUGCUGCAGAAGAAGGCAAUCCUAAAGGAGAAAAGAAAAGCUGAGGCACUGGCCUCCGGACUUGACUGGCUAAGUGAUGAUUCAGAUGAUGAGCCUCAGAAAGAAAACAGAGAACCUCCCUUGUGUAAUCUUCUCAAAGAUGAAGAACACCACCAGCUAAUCAUUGAUUUGUGCAAGGCAUUAGCAUCCUUGCAAAGGUAUUGGGAAGCACUGGAAAUUAUUAAUCUUACUCUAAGAUUGGCUCAUAUGUCUCUGUCUACUGAGAAGAAGGAGGAGCUUCGAUCUCUUGGAGCUCAAAUGGCAUACAACACCACAGAUCCUAAGCAUGGGUUUGAUUGUGUAAAAUACAUUGUUCAGCAACACCCACACAGUGUUGCAGCUUGGAAUUGCUACUACAAGGUUAUGUCAAGAUUGGAAAACCGAGAUACAAGACACUACAAAUUUGUACGUGUUAUGCAAGGAAAAUUUGUGGAUUCUGUGCCUCCCAUUCUCAUUUCUGGGCAUCAGUUUACCUUAUUUAGCCAUCAUCAAGACGCAGCAAGGAAAUACCUAGAAGCUUAUAAACUAUUGCCAGAGAAUCCCUUGGUUAAUCUUUGUGUUGGAACGGCCUUGAUCAACUUAGCAUUGGGUUUCAGACUUCAAAAUAAGCAUCAAUGUGUUGUACAAGGUUUGGCAUUCCUCUACAAUAAUUUGAGAAUCUGUGAGAACAGCCAGGAAUCACUGUACAACAUAGCUCGGGCAUACCAUCAUGUUGGUCUAGUAACUCUGGCUGCUUUAUACUACGAGAAAGUAAUUGCUAUUCACGAGAGAGACUAUCCAAUUCCAAAACUUCCCAAUGAAAAUCCAGAUGUCAUCGAAAAUCAUAAACCUGGUUACUGCGACCUUCGGAGGGAGGCAGCUUAUAAUUUGCAUUUAAUCUACAAAAAGAGUGGAGCUCUUGAUCUUGCUAGGCAAGUCCUAAAAGAUCACUGUUCCUUGUGAGUCCCCAUGUAUCUUUUGAACGACAAUCAUUUUUCAGGUUCAGUAUAUGCCUAUGCCUUUCCAUUAUGUACAAAAAACUUUAGAAACACAUGCUAUGCAAUAUAACUUGUUAGGCUUAGUAUAUUGUUUCUUUAUCUAUAUCUAUCUAUCUAUCUUUAUAUUU